AUGAGAACCAUUGAGGAGACAAGAAAGAGAUGGGAGUUCCUGUUUGCCGACAAUGAGACGCCCGCCGAAUUGCGGACGGCCCUACGAGCAGAACAGGGAGGAAAGUUGUGCAAUGAUGGGCUGAGGUCGAUUUGCUGGAAGGUAUUCCUCCUCUUCGACGGCCUCGAGCGGGAAGAAUGGUCACAGAAGCUUGCCGAGUCACGAGAGGCGUACCAGGCACUUCGUGCCCAUUUCCUGAAAUUUAUCGAACAUCCCGAUGACGUGGAGUCUACUGUUGAUCCGCUAGCGGACGACGAGGAGUCUCCGUGGCAAACACUACGCAACGACGAGAAGCUCCAAGCCGAAAUUGCGCAGGAUGUCGACAGAUGCAUGCAAGAGAACCACUUCUUUCAGGACCCAGCGACGAAGAAGAAACUGACUGAUGUCUUGUUUGUUUACUCAAAACUGAAUCCGGAUGUUGGGUAUCGACAGGGCAUGCACGAGCUCCUGGCCCCGAUUCUUUGGGUCAUUGAUCGAGACUCUAUUCAGCCUGACUUAAUAGGUCCCAAGGGUAACAAGGAGGAUGCUUCGAUGCUGGACCUUCUUGACCCCAAGUUUGUGGAGCAUGAUUCUUUCACGUUGUUUCUUUGCGUCAUGCAGACAGCUCGCAUAUAUUACGAACACAGCGAGACUCGGUCAGCCAAUGGCGAGAUCAACGUCAUCCCGAUUGUGAAUCGGUGCCAGUACCUUCACAACGAAGCCCUGACGAUUAUAGACCACGAAUUAGCGGGACACCUGCAUGCUGUAGAUGUACUGCCUCAGAUCUUUUUGACUCGCUGGAUGCGACUCUUAUUUGGACGAGAGUUUCCAUUUGAUGAUGUCCUCAUGAUGUGGGAUCUACUAUUUGCCCAUGGGCUUCGAUCAGAUCUAGUGGACUUCACAUGCAUUGCGAUGCUGCUCCGGAUUCGUUGGCAAUUACUCAAAGCGGACUAUUCAAGUGCAUUGUCAAUGCUGUUACGGUACCCAUCUCCCGGGCCACAUGCACCCCAAACGUUUGUGCAUGAUGCGCUCUAUCUAGAACAGAACCCAACUGCGGAGCGAGGCAGCUUUAUUAUCUCCAAGUACUCCGGCAGAGAGCCGGAAUUAAAGCGCCCUAGCCACUCCAGGACGAGACCUGCCCGAGCGGCUCAUCUCUGGGAGGAAUUCCGAAAUCGCAGCAACAGCAACUCUUCUACCUCUUCGCCUACUAGAAACAGCCCCAAGGGACUUGAGACGCUCCUUCAAGAUGUUUCUCAAGGUAUUCAGCGUCGCACCGAGGCCUGGGGCGUGGCCAAAGCCGUUCGUGGAGCCGUGACCGAAGCCAGAAGAAACAUGCAAACAAUGCAUUAUGAGCCAGGUCCUCGUACCGGCCCGUCACUUCGCAGACCCUCUUCUACAUUAAUACCAAGCGCAGUGCCCAAGGGACCAACGCCUACCGAGCUUGGACUAGAAAAGAAGAUCAGCCUUUUAGAGGCAAGGAAUAAGGAGCUGGCGCGAGCGUUGGGCGACGCCUUGGAAGACCUUCGUUCCGAACUUGCCACCAUAAAAGACAUGGACUCAAAUUCUAACGAUGCAGUGAAGCAGGCAUUGGCUCGAGCCGAGUCGGUCAUGGGUUGUCUCGAGGAUUCUUCACAAUCACUUCCGGUGUCCUCGGCCUCGCAAUCUCCGGAAAUAGCUCCCGUGACGGCUGACUCGGCCUUUUCAUCGCCAUCGCCGUCGCCAUCACUGGCGGCCUCAUCCGCAGCCAAUACGUCUGAAGAAAUGGCGCAAAAUGAUAUGCAAAGUACGCCUCAAUCUCACCCGGAUGCUGAGGGGCGCACCAAAGGUGGAACCGCCAGGGUUGCCAGCACCGCCAUAAACAUUCACAACCCUGACGCCCAGACCGAGAAUUUGGUGCCAAAUCUGAUCCGACCAUCCCUGUCGGAUGCAGGGUUCUCCUGGAUGCUAGAAGGCAGCCGCAACCUGUCGACUUUUGUCAGUUCGGCAUCGGUACCACCGGAGCAGACACGACAUCAAGAAACCCCCCCGAGCUAA